ACCGACACGAUGGCUGCUAGGAAAUGGUUCUCAUCCUUUUUCCCAACGGUAAAGGCCCAGGAAGAGGAAGAUAUUGUUGAUCCACAGACGGUAUUGCGGGAAAAGUGCGCUCAACAUGGACACAAUGUUCAACUGUGGGAAAAAUACCAGGCAUGCAAUGAACGUGUCGGUGGCCGUUCCCAAACGGCGGAGACCUGCGUCGAAGAGCUGUUCGAUUACCUGCAUGAAUUGGAUCACUGCGUUUCAAAGACCCUGUUUUCGAAGUUGAAGUGAGGCACUUACAGUAAUGAAGUAAAAUUUACUAGACGUG